GGUAAUCAGACUAUAUGCAGUACAAAUUUUUGAAAAAGAAGUAGCUGCAGAUAAUAGAGAUACUAGUGUUGCUGAAGAACAACCAUUGAAUGACAACUCAUCUGCUUCUAGUUAUGAGGAACUUGCUGAUAUUAAGUAUGAUUACACUGAUGAUGAUGAGUUGUAUGAGGUCAACGUUGGAAAAAUAGCUGA